AUGGUCGCCGGCUCUCACACUCCUUAUGAUUUAUCAAAUUCUCCAUCUGAUGUAAAUAUCCAACCUGCCACACAAUUAACCUCCACCUUGGUUGAGGAUGACGAUGUGGAUAGUCAAAUGCUUGAGGAGACCCAAGUCGCUGACACAGGGUUCCGCUCUGCAUCAGCCUCUGACAACUCGUGCGCAUACUGUGGUAUAGAUUCUGCGAAAUGUGUCAUCAAAUGUAAUUCAUGUAAGAAAUGGUUUUGUAACACUAAGAAUGGUACAAGCAGUUCCCACAUUAUCAACCAUUUGGUUCUGUCUCAUCAUAACGUUGUGUCGUUGCAUCCAGAUUCAGAUUUGGGGGAUACUGUGUUGGAGUGUUAUAACUGUGGUCGUAAAAACGUGUUUUUAUUGGGAUUUGUCUCUGCCAAAAGCGAAGCCGUCGUGGUACUGCUCUGUAGAAUACCUUGUGCCCAAACUAAAAAUGCGAAUUGGGACACUGACCAAUGGCAGCCUUUGAUUGAAGACAGACAGCUUUUAUCAUGGGUUGCUGAACAACCCACUGAAGAAGAAAAAUUAAAGGCUCGUCUCAUAACUCCUAGCCAAAUAUCCAAACUAGAAGCCAAAUGGAGAUCCAACAAAGACGCUACGAUUAACGAUAUCGAUGCCCCAGAGGAACAAGAAGCAAUUCCACCUUUGUUAUUGAGAUACCAAGACGCUUAUGAAUACCAAAGAUCUUACGGGCCCUUGAUCAAACUAGAGGCUGAUUACGAUAAGCAACUCAAAGAAUCUCAAGCGUUGGAACACAUUUCCGUCUCAUGGUCCCUAGCACUAAACAACAGACAUUUGGCUUCCUUCACUUUAUCUACCUUUGAAUCAAAUGAACUAAAAGUGGCUAUUGGUGAUGAGAUGAUACUUUGGUACUCUGGCAUGCAACACCCUGACUGGGAAGGUCGUGGUUACAUUGUUCGUUUACCUAACAGCUUCCAGGAUACUUUCACAUUAGAGUUAAAACCAAGUAAGAUUCCACCACCAACUCACUUGACCACUGGUUUUACUGCCGAGUUUAUCUGGAAAGGUACUUCUUAUGAUAGAAUGCAAGAUGCAUUGAAAAAAUUUGCCAUUGACAAGAAAUCUAUUUCCGGGUUUUUGUAUUAUAAAAUCUUAGGACAUCAAGUCGUUGAUAUUUCUUUCGACGUUCCAUUACCCAAAGAGUUCUCAAUCGCAAAUUUCGCCCAAUUAAAUUCAUCCCAAUCGAAUGCAGUUAGUCACGUUUUGCAACGCCCAUUGUCUUUGAUUCAAGGCCCUCCAGGUACAGGUAAGACUGUUACUUCUGCGACGAUUGUGUAUCACCUUUCCAAAAUUCAUAAGGAUCGGAUAUUAGUCUGUGCCCCAUCCAAUGUCGCUGUUGAUCAUUUGGCCGCUAAAUUGCGUGACUUGGGUUUAAAAGUUGUUAGACUUACUGCCAAGAGUAGAGAAGAUGUAGAAAGUUCAGUCUCUAACCUAGCCUUACACAAUUUGGUUGGACGUGGAGCCAAAGGUGAAUUGAAAAAUUUACUGAAGCUGAAGGAUGAAGUCGGUGAAUUAUCUGCCUCUGAUACAAAAAGAUUUGUCAAAUUAGUAAGGAAAACAGAAGCGGAGAUUCUAAAUAAGGCAGAUGUCGUCUGUUGUACAUGUGUUGGUGCUGGCGAUAAACGUUUAGAUACCAAAUUCAGAACUGUAUUAAUCGAUGAAAGUACUCAAGCCUCAGAGCCAGAAUGUUUAAUCCCAAUUGUCAAGGGUGCUAAACAAGUUAUUUUAGUUGGUGAUCACCAACAAUUAGGCCCAGUCAUAUUAGAACGUAAGGCUGCAGACGCCGGGUUGAAGCAGUCUCUUUUCGAAAGACUGAUCUCUUUAGGUCACGUGCCUAUCCGUUUAGAGGUGCAAUACCGUAUGAACCCUUGCUUAAGUGAGUUUCCAAGUAACAUGUUUUAUGAAGGUAGUUUACAAAACGGUGUCACAAUUGAACAAAGGACUGUUCCAAAUAGUAAAUUUCCAUGGCCUAUUCGUGGUAUCCCGAUGAUGUUCUGGGCCAACUAUGGUAGAGAAGAAAUCUCUGCUAACGGUACCUCUUUCUUAAACAGAAUCGAAGCAAUGAACUGUGAACGUAUUAUUACAAAACUUUUCAGAGAUGGUGUUAAACCUGAACAAAUCGGUGUUAUUACGCCCUAUGAGGGUCAAAGAGCAUAUAUUUUACAAUAUAUGCAAAUGAAUGGUUCAUUGGAUAAAGAUUUAUAUAUAAAAGUCGAAGUCGCCUCUGUUGAUGCAUUCCAAGGACGUGAAAAAGAUUAUAUUAUCUUAUCAUGUGUCCGUGCCAAUGAACAACAGGCUAUCGGUUUCUUACGCGAUCCUCGCCGUUUAAACGUCGGACUAACUCGUGCCAAAUACGGGUUAGUUAUUCUUGGAAACCCAAGAUCCCUAGCAAGGAAUACACUAUGGAACCAUUUGUUGAUACAUUUCAGAGAAAAGGGCUGUUUAGUCGAAGGUACAUUAGACAACUUACAACUAUGUACUGUGCAACUAGUUCGCCCUCAACCAAGAAAGACUGAACAACCGAUAAAUCCCCAAUUUAACAUGGAAUCAGAGAUGGGUGACUUCCCAAAAUUCCAAGAUUUCGACACUCAGAGUAUGAUGUCAUUUAGUGGGCAAAUGGGUAAUUUCAGUAGUGCAUUUGUCAAUAAUUCUGAGCUUUCAUCUUACAUUAAUAAUGAUUAUUGGAAUUUUGAAAAUUUUAAAAGCGCUUUUUCUCAAAAGCAAAACCAUAAUGAAAUGAACGAUGGAAAUCUCUACCAGGAGGAAGGCCCCCGUUUGGAUUCGAAUUUUGCAAGAGAAUUACAAAGAGAAGAACAGAAGCAUGAACUUUCAAAAGACUUUAGUAAUUUGGGGAUUUAA